AUGGCGACCUCAAGAGAGCCGAUCACCACAUUGGUCUACGUCGUCGACCACAUACCGACCUUUCCCGAAAAGAUGGCAAAGACAGAGAGCAUAGAUGCCUCCGAUCCCGAGACCGAGACAACCAUUGCAAGACCCGAGUUUGAGAAGAAACUGUUGAGAAAGAUCGACCUCUGGCUCGUGGGGUUCUACUCCCUCGUCUAUGUCUUCCGCGUCAUUGACAGCGCCAACUACUCCAACGCAGCCAUCAUAAACCUCGAAGCCGGCACCGGAAUCAAGAAGCAGCUCGGACUCAACCCAUCACAAUGGGCCUGGACACUUUCAAUCUUCUCAUACAGCUAUCUCAUCUUUGAGCCCACCAACACGAUCUUACUGAAGCUUUUUAGACCUUCGAGAUGGAUGUUCAUAUUGAUUAUGGCAUGGGGAGUAUCUGCGUGCUGCUCCGCCGCGGCGACGAAUUUUUCGGGCAUGAUGUGUGUUCGUUUCGCAAUCGGUAUGGCUGAGGCGGGCUUCUUCCCGUCUGUGUUAUAUCACUAUGCGUUCUGGUACAAGCCCGAAGAAAUGCCCCAGCGCAUCGCCUUCUUCUACUCCGUGGGACAGGUUUCCAGUGCGCUGUCUGGAUUGCUGGCCUAUGCCAUCUCGUAUAUGGACCAGCUUGGUAACGUGUCUGGGUGGCGGUGGCUGUUUAUACUCGAAGGGCUCCCGGCUAUCUUCCUUGCGUUCUUUGCGUUUUGGUUACCUGACUAUCCGGAAUCAGCCAAGAUGUUGAACGAAGAGGAGCGACUGUACAUGAAGCAGAGACUUGCUAGCUCGGUGCCAAAGGGAGAAGCGAGUUGGGACUUCAAGUCUUUGAAGGUCAUGGCCCGAGACCCGACUCUUUACACGUUCAGUUUGUACUGGAUCUGCCAUGGUAUCGGGGGGUUCGGGGUCGGAUUUGCGUUGCCGACUGUCAUCUACCAGCUUGGCUUCACGACUACAGCGUACUCUCAGUUGAUGAAUAUUCCUCCCUAUGUUUCGGCCUUCUUGCUUCUGAACACCUUGGGCUUCAUGCUUCAGAGGAAGUGGAUCAGGCCAUGGGUGACAUCCGUAGGAAUCGAAUCAACAAUCAUCGUAUGCUACAUCAUCCUUCUGUUUGUCGAUAACCCGGUCGUUCGCUAUAUCUGCCUGAUCGUUUCUGUGGCCUGUGCUGGAUGUGCGUAUCCGGUAAUAUGGCCGGAGCGGAUCAGAGCACUUGAAGGAACCGUAGCAUCUGGAAUCGGCAUUGGUCUGACAAAUGCGUGUGCUCAGUUUGGCGGCAUCGUCGGUCCACACGUCUUCAGCACGGUGUUUGGGCCUAGAUAUCGAAUCUCGUAUGCGGUCAACUUGUCGGUACUCGUGGUUGGUAUCUGCUCGAUUCUGAUAAGUUGGUUUCUCGUUGUUAGGAAAGACAGAAAGCGCCAGGCACAAGGUUGA